AGAGAAAAUGAUAAUAAUAAUAAUAACGAAAGCCGCGUUCAAUAUCGACGUAUUUAUAUAUAUCGUGUGCGACUGAAGUGUUCUUAUUUCUGUUUUCUCAACGUACGUAAAGCGUCAACAUGGACUCCUGUGGUUUUCCGGUGACGGUGAAGCGGAGCGAGGUGGUGGCGGCGGUGCUGCCCCUGCAGGAACACUGGCUGCCGAUGUCGAACAUCGACUUGCUCCUGCCGCCGCUGGACUUCGGAAUUUUCUUCUGCUAUAAGAAGAGCAGUUACACCGAAAGCCUGUCACCGGAAAAUAUGGUGGCGGCGCUUAAGAAAUCCCUAGCUCAGGCGUUAGUGUCGUUCUAUCCGUUCGCCGGAGAGAUCAUGGAGAACCGACACGGCGAGCCGGAGAUCCUCUGCAACAAUCGCGGCGUGGAUUUCACGCACGCGUGCGCUGACGUGGAGCUGAAGGACGUUGAUCUCUACCGGCCGGACGUGUCUGUCGACCGGAAGCUAGUGCCUGUUAAGAUGCGCGGUGUGCUAUCGGUGCAGGUGACGGAGCUAAAAUGCGGCGGCAUAGUCGUCGGAUGCGCGAUCGACCACCGCGCCGCCGACGCCCACUCCGCCAACAUGUUCCUGAAAGCGUGGGCGGAAAUGGCUCAAUCGAAGACCAUCGCGCGCCUCCCCUCCUUCCGCCGGUCCAUACUCAACCCACGCCGACCUCCGCAGCCGCAUAAAUCGCUGGACAAAUUCUACGCACCGCGGCUGCCGCCGCCGCCGCCGUCGUCCGGGGAGGACGAAGACCGCCUGACGAGCCGAAUCUACCACAUCAAAUCGGAGGAAAUCGACCGCCUCCAGUCUCUGGCCACGUACAACGGCACCAAACGGAGCAAAAUAGAGUCCUUCAGCGCGUUCCUCUGGAAGUCCAUAGCCGAAGGCGGCGGCGACCGCUCAAAGACGGUGAAAUUCGGAAUCGUGGUCGACGGACGAGCGAGGCUCGGCGGAAGAACGCCGGCGUCGCUGGAAUGCUACUUCGGGAACGUCGUCUCGAUUCCGUACGCCGAAGCAACCGUCGGCGAUCUCCUUGCGACGCCUCUGAAGGGGGUAGCUGAUAUGGUGCACGAAUGCGUCGCCGCAGCGUCGUCGGCGGAGCAUUUCCUGGCGCUGAUAGACUGGGUGGAGAUGCGGCGGCCGAAGCCGGCGGUGGUGAAGGUGUACUGCAAAGAAGAGAACGACGAGGCGGCGGUGGUCGUCUCUUCGGGGCAGCGGUUCCCGGUUCAGGAUCUGGAUUUCGGGUGGGGCAAACCCGAAUUCGGGUCGUACCAUUUUCCGUGGGGCGGGCAAACGGGGUACGUUAUGCCAAUGCCAUCUGCAAAACGGAACGGAGAUUGGAUUGUCUACAUGCAUCUGAUGACAAAGUACCUGGACCUCGUCGAGGCACGUGCUCCUCACGUCUUCGUUCCCUUUAAAUUCUAAAUAUUCGAACUAAUUUCGAAUUGGGCCUAGCCCACUUGGUAUUUACUAUUGGGCUGUACAUGUCACUACCUUCACAAACUUUUAAAAAUAUGGUAGAGUAUUAUUAUAGUGUGAAUUCUCCUUGUAUAUGGAUGCAUA